AAAAAUAAAAUACGUUACCAAGUCAAUGACAUUGUGUAUUGAAAAACAAAAAAAUUUAUUGCAUAAACUACUAAAUUAUUAAUCAUCAACAAAGAAUCUGCAAUUGAGAGUUUAUUUAAAAUGAGUGUAAAAAAAAUAUGUGUUGAGAAAGAUCAACGAAUAUGUGAUAAUGGUGACAAGAAUCUAAAAGUCGUAAUCAACUCACUGGACUACGACUCAUUAGCAAAAAUCUUCAUGCUGCUGCCAGUACCAGAAAGGAUAGACAUGGAAAAAGUUUGUACCAAAUGGAAAGAGGCAUGUCAACUAGCUUGGUAUGACAUUAAAAAAUACAAAUGUGAAUCAUCAAUUGGACGUUGUUAUGAUAACCGUUUGUUGACACAACCAUACCUCAAGAAAAUAUUAUUAAGAUGUGGUAAUUAUUUAAAUGAAUUAUCUCUCUCAGAUAUUUGUAAUUCAAGAAUCAUGCCAUUUGUUGGUGAUCACUGUAAAAAUUUAACAACCUUGGAAUGUAAAUUUAAUGAUGAUUCUCUAAUUGAUAAUGCUGACCACUUUGUUCAGGCAUUUACACAAUUGGAUAAAUUAAAAUGCAUUAAAAUAACAGUGGGUCACGACUGCUCGAAUGAGAUUAUCAAUCUCUCUGCAAUAUUCGAUAGUCUUCCAGAAGAAAUUAAUGAAAUUUAUUUAUUUUCUGAACCUAUAUGGGAUGUUAGAGUACGAAAUAUUUCCAUGUCUGUUCGAAGAUUUAGAAAUCUUCAAAAAUUAACAGCAGUUGGUAUCCUUCUGAACAACAUAAAUUUCCAAGAAAUAGCAGACUUAACAACACUUGUUUAUCUUAGCAUUGGACUACAUAGUAAUAUACACAAAAACCAUUCUCUAUUUAAAAAACUUGUUAAUUUGGAGUAUAUCAAGGUAACGAUAGGUACUGAGGAUGAUACGGACAACAUCUCAACAGAAGAACUUGAGACUAUUUUUUGUACAUGCAGAAAUCUCAAACAUCUUGAUAUUCCACGAGGUCUUUAUAAUAUAGCUGGAAUUCCUCUUGAGAAAUGGAUAAACUUUCAAAAUUUACAACAUCUUGGUAUUGCUUGUAGGUUAAUGCCUGACUUAGCAAAUGCAAUUGUUAAAUACUGCAAGAAUUUAAAACAUUUAAGAAUAUAUUAUUCUUAUGCCGCUAUGGACAAUACUGCUUUAGAAAAGUUGACAGAAUUAGAAAAUCUUGAAUGUUUAAUAUUGGAUGGUCCGAAUUAUCUCCAUGAGGAAUUAAUAAUCGCAAUUUCAAAAAAUUGUAAAAAACUUAAACGUUUAGAAAUUCCUGCAUGCAUUAUAGUACCAGCUAUUGAUGAUGACCCACUGUCUUCUCCAUCUGUUCUUGAUGAGUUAUCAAAAUUACAAUAUCUUGAACAUCUAAACUUGCGUUGUGUAGAAAAUGUCAAAGAUAGUACAAUUAUUGCUAUUGCUAAUAAUUGUAAGAACCUAAAAAGUUUAAAUAUACAAGAUUGCAGAAGUCUUACUAAGACAGCUUUCGUUGCUCUAACAAACUUGAAAAAUUUACAAAUACUUAAUGUAAGUUACCUUGAUAUUUUAGACAGCUUUAUUAUCAAAUUAAAAGGAUUAAGAAAAUUGUAUUGUAAUCAAUGCACGAACCUUACUGAUAUUGGUAUUAUUCAAUUUAUAAAAAAUAAUCCAGAUCUUGAAUUACUUAAUCUCUGCUCUCAUGAUUAUAUUACAAUUAGAACGGUUAUUACUGCUGAUCAAGAAACUAAAAACCGUACAAAUGGUAUAAUUUUACACAUACUUAUAUCUGUUCCGUCAAUAUUACAAGCUUCUAAGUCAAUAAUUAAAUCUCAAUGGCUGGUUGUUGGCACUGGGGAUGUGCCAUACUUUUAAAAGUUUUCGGUAUCGAUAUAUCGGAUAUUUUUUUGUUGUUGAAAAGUACUCAGUAUAUUGGAUAUUGAAUAUCCAGUAUUUUUAAAAUAAAAAAAAAAAAGUAAUGUUCAAUGAGUAAAGUAUCGAGUAAAAGUAUCCUGUAUAUAUUAGCGAUAUAUCGGCUGUUCCGAUAUAUCGCCGAGUAUCGCAUAUCCCUAGUUGACUGUAAACAUUUAAUUUAAUUAAAUAUAUUUAUAAAUAAAUAUAUGUAUAAAUAUAAUUAUAAUUAAAUUUAUUUAUAUCUUUCUCUAAAAAAUUACCGACCAUUAUAUUGUAGAAUUUUACUUAUCGACAAUUAUGAAUUUUAAAAAUUAUAAAAGCUGCAGGGAGUUCACCUAGAGUUCCAGGUAAAGAUUAUGCUGAAUGUGGUUGAAAAAAAGCGUUUACUUAUUAAAAAAAAAAACAAAAAAUACUGUCACCUACGUGUUUCUAACCUUUAAAUUGUUUUCAAAUAAAAAUUUGGAUUUUUGUUAAUAAAAAAAAAAAAAAAAGCA